AUGAGGGCUAAAGCCUCAGACAUGCACGGCAAGGACUGCGUCAAAGUGGCUGUGAGAGUCCGACCGUUUAACAAGGUCAGUGUGCAGAAAAUAUCAUUUUUUAUACCAUUGGAUUUCUCUAUUGGUGACGUACAUGAUAUAUCCAAGCUAUGUAGUAAUGGGAUUAUUCUUAUAUUUGCUGAUAUUUAAAGCUGCUAUGAGGAUUUUUUUAAUAUGUAUAUUUAUGAAAUAGACUGUAAUUUAUAUUUAUGCUAUUUAAUGAUGUACAAAAGCAAACAAGACCAUCAGUAACAACAUGAUUGAUUAUUGUGUUGUCAUUUUGUUGCCUAAACUCUAUGGAGCAGUUAAAGAAAAAGCCCUGUUUUAUAUUUUUAAUGCUAAAUAUUUGUUAAAAAUUGAACAUUUAGCUGCCAAACAUCAGCACAUUAGGGAUUUUUGUCGGAGGACACUACUGAACCAUGAAGAGGUCAAAAUAUGCAAAGACCUUUUUGUCUACAUGGAGAUACCAGAAUGGACACAAAUGAAAAGUUAAACACAGAAGCUUUAACGAUACAAACAACUCAAGCAGGCCCGAACUUUUUCAUUCAACCAAAAGAUAAAAAGUUCCUACGUAGAAACAUUAUUUGUAAAAGCAGCAUUAGUGUCCGUAUAAAACCAAUGCUUGUGUUUGUUUUGGACGAAGCGUCUCUGCUGAUUAAGUUCUGAGUAUGGGUGGACAGAGGUGUGUCUGGGGGGCUCAUUAGGCGCACUAGCUCAUGCAGGGGUGGCAAUCCUUAAAUAUAAGCCCUUGUGAUAUAUUUUGCAAUUCUAUUUAAACAAAUCAUCCUUUUUUUCUUAAGGCCUGAACAUGUUUAAAAACAAAUGAGGAAUAAAGAGAAAGGAAAUUAAACGUGCUACCUGGCAAUUUUCAAAAAGUACACACCCCCAGAGACAGUUUUACCUAAAUUUGGCACAUAGACCUAGCAUUCCUGGAACUUAACAGGAAAAAAAAAGUAACAUUUGCUGUUUGUUGUCCAGGAAUCCUUCAAAAAUAAACACUUUAUUUGCAGGCAACCUUUCCAGACAUGGACCUAUGUGCAGGCUAUAUACUACAUAAAAACUAAUUCUGCUGCCUCUUCAGUGUGUGUCAGUGCAUGUCAUCUCAUCUGAAACCACGUAGCCUCCACAUAUUCAACAUUUGUAGAUUCUUUGUUUGCAUGUAUCUCAAGUAUCAUGUUGGCUUUGUAUGACCUCUUUCAAGGCUGUCAUCUAUACCUCAUUGUGUAUGACCAUGCUCUAUAACCAUGGGGCCCAGGACCUCUUCAAAGUCAGCAGACUGUUGGUUAAUGACUCACGCUGUCAGACAGAAAACGACUUUAUUAAAUGCUGUCCAAAAAAAACCUUUAGGUAUUCAUGUUGAUUUACAAUUUAAUGAAAAAUAAGUGUAAGCUAAUCAAGAGCAUGACCUGGUGGUUAUCAGACUAUUCUUCACAGGGCAACAUGGAUUUUGAGCAGUUAACUCACAAAUGUGUGAGCAGACAGAGUUAACAGUCUGACAGAAAAGCUGAAGACAGAAAAAACGUUUGAAAAUGAGUCUUUUUCUCUUCUUGCAGAGGGAGAGGGAUGCAGGCAGCCGCUGUAUCAUCUCCAUGGUAUCCAGCUCCAUCAUCAUCCAGGACCCACGGGACUCUCAGAACCGCCGCUCCUUUUGUUUUGACUAUGCUUACUGGUCCCACAGCGGCUUCACAAAGGACCAGGGGGGGCUUUGUGUGCCUGAAGAGCCUGGUGGGCGAUACGCCGACCAGGUCAGGCAGAUGCUGAAUGAGACAAUAUAUAGACUGAUGUACAGAUCUAUGGUUUAAGGGGAGGACAAGCUUAGACAAGAGCUUGCAGCUCACAAAAUCUUGUCCACCCACAGGACAGUGUGUUCCAGGACCUAGGAGAGGGGAUCCUGGAGAACGCACUGCAGGUAACAAUCAUCACAUAUUCAAUUCUGGUUCCUCCUCCAGUUUUCCUCAGCUCAAUCAUCUUUAAACUCCUCCUGUUCUUUUAGUGUCAGUCUCUCCUGUCCUGACAUGUUGUCCAUAGGGUUACAAUGCCACUCUGCUAGCCUACGGGCAGACUGGCUCAGGGAAGAGUUACUCCAUGGUGGGCUAUGGGCCCAACAAAGGCCUGGUUCCUAAACUCUGUGAGCGACUGUUUCAGGCCAUCAGGGAGAACCAGGACAGCAGACAGUGUCAGGUGAAGAUGAGAGCAGCUGAUUUAGUUAUCCUGGUUAACCAGCUCAAAUGUCAAGUCUGCUGUAGUUACAACACUGAUGGUAUUUGUUCUCGAUGUCCACACAGGUCUUCUUCAGCAUGUUGGAAAUCUACAAUGAGCAGGUAACCAUGAAGAAAAGCAGAUCUCUUGGCUCCUGUUUUUCUCUGUUAAGUUUUGUUGUCUCUUUUUGAACUCCUGACUCCUUCCCGAAUCUCUACAUCUCUUAUUUUCACCUCUCUCUCCUCUCUGUCCAGGUGAUAGACCUGCUGUCUCGAGGGUCUCGUACCCCAGGAGGACUCAGAGUCAGAGAGGAGCAGCAGAGAGGUUUUUAUGUGGAGGGUCUCCGAACAGUGCCGUGUGACAGUGCACCACAGGUAAGAGAUGAAUCCACACAGUGAAAUGCUCUACAUUUGUGCAGGUAGAUAUGUUUCGCUAUUUUAUUUUCAACUCUAAGAAUAAGUUGUUGAAGUUGUUAAAUUCUGAUCUUUUUUUCUGAUCCUGUACGUGUAUAGAGUAUAAAAGUUCCUGUCAAUAGCUAAUACAAUGAACAGAGCAUUAAAAUAAACCUUUGGCCGCUUUGAACCACUUCAAACCAGACCCUUUGACCAGCAUAAAAAUGUGUUUUAUCCCAGAUGUAGGCCCUCUGUUUUUUACGGCCACACAGGCCUAAUGACUUCAAACUGAAACAGUUUUAUUUCAGUUAAAACCUCCAUACUUACCUAACUAAGAACUGAGUUUAUAAAAUACUGUACCUGUCAGAAGUUGCACCAUCCUGUAUUUUAAGGAAUAUACAGUAAUAAUUUAGACAUCAGAUCACAGAUGGUCAUUUAGGCCAUAAUCAUCUAAAUGUAAACCAGAAAAUGGCCUGAAAUAUCUCACAGUAAAUAUGAUAAGUAAAGAUGUGGAAGUUGACCUUUUUAAAAGUAAAUUACUAAAAAACCAAAAAACUUUAAAGAUAUUUACAUGUGCUGAAGGCACCUUUUCCAUGUCAAUCACAGAUGUACAGGUAAAAAACAGAUAAUAUAGCAAUGGGUUUGCUUUUUACAGUGUAAAGUGGGAUCACAGCAUAAACAAAAACAAUAAUGAUGAUAAUGAACAUCAUGAAGAAGAGAAAGUGUCAGAUAGUAAUCAGAUUCAUCAGGGGAAGUAAAAGAAUACACACUGGAAAAUGGGAAAAGACAUUAGGACAUAAGUUUGUAAGAUAACAAAUGAUAGAAGAAAUAUAUAGAAGACUUAGUAGCAGUGAUGUAUGAGCUUGGUUUGGUUUGAAGACUUACUAAACUAAGAUAUUAUUUCAGCCCCUGAUCCUCUCAGACAGACCGUUUCAGGAUCUGAAAUCUCUUUCAGCAAAUGACCAGCCUUUCUUUUUGACUGAUACUCAGGAUAAGAUCACAGUGUUGGGUAUCUGAUUUCAAAAUAAAGAACUAUGCUCACCUAAAUCACUAUAAGCCAUCCGAAGGUCUUAGAGUCACAAAAGAGACAGCUGUUCAUGUAAAGACUGUAUCUCAAACUUCAUCGUACGUCUUAAUUCUGAGACCUUGAUUUCUUGAAACUCAAAGCCGAGGAAAGCAGUGUCAGGACAGCUGUGGCUGAAGAGGAGACAGAGACCUGAUGUAUGGCUCUGACACAGACAGACUCUGACCUCCUGACCUCAAAGGUUUGCAACUGUCCUGACAGUGACCUCUGACAAACUGGAUCAGAUUACCCAGAAACAUCUCAACUAAAGCUCCCACACACAUCAAAGUUAGACCUAAGAGGUAACAGAGAAGUAAAAGUGCAGAUGUUCUCCUUAAGGGUUGGGAUUUCUCUUUUCUUUCUUGUGUAGGUGGAGCAGCUGAUGGAGCAGGGCACCAGGACUCGAACCACAGCUGCCACUCACAUGAACGCAAACAGCAGCCGCUCACACAUGCUCAUUAUCCUGCAGCUCAAACAGGUGAACGGCCUCACUGCUUAUGUUAGGAUAGAUAGAUAGGAAGGAUAGACAGAAUGUGACCAUAACAGUGAGAGAGUAUCAGAGUAAAUACCUGAUCAAAUUCAGUCCGUAUGUUUUCCUGAGCAUCUAUCCAAACUGAAAUACUAUAUUCAGGGUUUUUUAAGCUGUUGUGUUCUUAAUGUGACUUCCUGUCAGAUCUUUUCCAAAGAGAGCAUCACAAAGCAGUCCAACAUCAACCUGGUGGACUUGGCUGGCAGUGAGCGGCAGAGAUCCUCAGGAUCAGAGGCUGACAGACUCAAAGAGGGCACGGCCAUCAACCUGAGCCUCACCACACUGGGGAAUGUCAUCAGGUGGGCCUUAGUGACAGGGAUUUUUUUUGUCAGUUUGUCAGUCUCACUCUCUUUCUCUCCUGCAGCGCCCUGGCUGACGUGGCAGUGGGCAAGAAGGUGGUCCACAUACCCUAUAGAGACUCCAUCCUCACCAAGCUGCUGCAGUCUGCACUGGGAGGAAACAGUCGUACUGUCAUGGUAACAGAGAGUUGUGCUGACCAGCAGGGGUGGUGUUUUUUUACUGCCUUGUCAAAAGUAUGAUUUAUAAAAUGAUUUCUGAUUUCAUCAUAGAUCGCCACACUGAGCCCUGCUGAUAUCUGCUAUGAGGAGUCUCUGUCCACCCUGCGUUAUGCUGAGAGGUACAACAAACUUGUUGUUGGUGGAGAAGUUCAUACAACAAGACAACAUCCUACUUUUGUCUUGACCGUCUCGUUACCUCUCUACUCAUUUUUGUUUUUCUGUUCAAACAUCUCACUUCUUGUUUGACCACCUCCAUCACCUCUUCAGGGCAAAGCGUAUCCAGAAUCGAGCUGUGGUCAAUGAGAGCCCCACAGAGCGUCUGGUCAAAGAGCUGAAGGCCGAGAACGCCAGGCUGCUGCAGCGCCUGAGUCGACUGGGUCAGGAGGGACGCAGAGCCAACGAUGAGACCAGUAAGACUCCUCAGGCUUCAAACAGACCUGGAAACAGCAAAGAGGGGUCGAGCAGGUCAUGAUCAUGUGUGUGUUUGUGUGUUUGAAGAGGAGCUUCGUCAGCUGCUGACUCACAACGAGCUCCAGAUCAGAGCCAUCCAGACUCUGUGGGAACAACACCUGCAGGAGGCACUGAAGGACUGGGAGCAGCAGUAUGCUAACAUCACACAGGUGCAACAUAACCAACACACACUUCACAUCAAAAGUUGUAAAACAAGAAGUUAGCCAAUAAGGAUAUGUAAUGGUUCAGCUAUUUGACAGUCUCUACCACAACAGCCUGUCAACCAGAACAGAGACCAAAGUAAAUCAUAUAACAGAUGAGCAUUAGUGAUUCUAAUAAAGCAAAAUGGCAGAUAUCUAAACAGGAUGACAAACCAGUGAGUACCAUGAAGGAGGUCACAUCCACCACCAUGUUUUGCAGUUUGCAUAUGAGCCUGAAUAUGAGUGUAAACAAACUGGUAGCAGCAUCUUUGAACAUGAAGAUGUUUUUUUUAUCUCUCUGUUCUCGAUGUUUGUCUCGUCUGUCUCUCUCCCUCCUGUCAGGAGAGGAGGAUGAUGCAGAUGCAUCCUUACAUCCUGAACAUCAAUGAGGAUGCUCAGCUCUCAGGGGUUGUCAAGCUUUUCAUUCAGGAGGGUACGUCCAUAAAUGACCUAUGUAAAGAAGUUGGAUUGAAAGAAUGACUGAGCAACUUCUUCUAAUCAGAGGACUUAUUGUUUUAUUUGCAAGCCUUUUUAUAAGUACUUAUUCCUGCUGUUUUGUGCUCUAGGUGAGUGGGACAUCGGGCUGUGUGACUCUUCCCAGAGAUCCAUCUCAAUUAAGGGUUUAGGGUGAGUUUCUUUGAAAGUGGGUUUGAAUGUUGUCAUUGAUUUGUGAUCCGUCUGAAGCAUUUUGCAGCAUUUAAACUGGUGCAUGCUGGGAGUGGCUGCAGACCUAGAGACCGAUCAGAAAAGAAGAAAGCAGAGAGAGUGUGUUUGUGAGUGUAGGAUGACUUUGUGAUUCUGCCAGUCAUACUGAUACAGCAGUUUUUGUUUUUGUGCUUCAGUAUUCAAGAGCGUCAUGCUGUGUUCAGGAAUGAAGAGCGGAGAGUAACACUGACCCCGCUGGCAGAGUCAAAGGUCAUUGUUAAUGGCCAUGCGGUCUCCCAGACGACUGAGCUUCAACAUCUGGUGAGCCCUGACAUGAUCAUCUACUCUAUCUUACGAUGAUACAGCUUAGACAAGUAUGUGACGGCAAACACAGAAACACUUUCCUGCUCCGUAGGACCGUCUCAUCCUCGGCUCCAACUGCACCUACCUGUUUAUUGGCUAUCCCUCUGAGAGGGGCGGGGACGACUGGAGUCGCUAUGACUACGAUUACUUCCAAUCAGAGCUGGCUGCUGCUGAGGGUAUCCACCUGGGUGAGCAGGAUGAUCAAAGAAUGAAGCCCACUGAGCAACAGACGGCUAUUAGACGUCUAGUUUUUUUAGACCUAAUUUCAACAGUACUUAACCAAAAUAAUUAUGAUAGCCACUGAGUAAUAUACAGUGUAGUAUAGAUAAAGCCCAGAUUUAGAUUUAGUCUAAACUUGGUCUGAAUAUAGGCGUCUAAAAAACGUUCAUUUUUAGACCUGUGGUAGCCUGAUUUUAGACCAGUCGUCUAGGCUACAUUUAGACCUCUAUUAGACCUUUUUUAGACCGAAAAAUGCUCAGUGGGAGGGUUCAAUGAGGGUUGCAUUAAAAACCUACUUCUGUUUAUGUGUUCAGGGGGGUCGAGUGUGGGGUCCAUCCAAGCUGACCCCAGCCUGCUGGCCGUCUUUUACGACUACAUCAAACUGAUACCCAUGGUGGCUGAGGCCAACCAGAUGAGCCAGGAGCUGAACAAGGUGUCAAACAAUCAAACACUGGCUCUAUCAUUUAACAUUUUAAAUGUUUUAAUGGUUGAUUAUCUUAAUCAGAUGUUUUUUUAUCGACAGAGAAAGAUCAUACACAUUUAUUCAGACCUGCCUAUGUCUCUCUCCUGUGUUUGUAGGCGGUGGAGUUUGGGUUGGAGAUAAAGAAUCUGGCGCUGUCAGAUCCAAAAGGCCAUGAUCUGGAGAAAGAGAUUGUUGUCAGAGUCACUGCGAUAGGAAGGAAACAGGUUAUUAAAUGUCUUUCUCCCUGUGUCUUUAGAUGAAAACAGGUUUAGAGAUGAUAAGCUUAUCUCAGUUUUAGUUUUGAGUCCUGGUUGUGAUUUUUUUGCCUGUUGGUCUAAACUGUUUUUGGGUUUCCUCCCCAGGUGUGGAUUUGGUCGAAGGCCAAGUUUGUGAACCGAAAAUUUCUGAUGGAGGAAGUCUACCAGCAGCAUCAGGCAGAGAAGAGUGAAGAAAAUGUAAUUCAGUGAAAAAAAAUGUUAUUUUUAUAAACAAAGACAAAAAAGAAAUCAGGGUUAGUGGUUAAUGAUGGUACAGAAAUGGAGAUUAAUUAAUUAACCAAUUAAUCAACACAAUUUUAGACCAUCGCUGACCAACAUAACGGCACUAACUCUGUUUUUAUGUUCAUCUCUCCUCCUUGAGAGAGUGGAGGGGCUGUCCACAGCUGCAUUACCCAGAGAUAAAGACCCCUUCUGGGAUCCUGUGGAGCCUCUGCUUCUGGGAACGGCUCAUCUUUGGCUUCAAUCUUUGGCCUUCAGGAUCUCUCUGGAGGAACAGCUCGAGGUGCACACUCAGAUUAACUGCACGUCAACACACACAAACACACACACACACACUCAUGUCUCUACAUCUGACGCUGUGUUUUGAAGAAACAUAGUUGAGGUUGAUACUUUUCGUGCAGGUGAUGGGGUCAGAGGGCACAGAAGAGGCCAUCUUACAAGCACAGCUGGUCCCCUGCACCUCUACAGGACUGUAUGAUCCUCACACACACACACACACACACACAUAGAAAGAUGUCAGAAAUAAGCUCAGUGUAAUGUAGAAAUGUUUCUCUUCAGCCCUCUGGGUGAGGAUGAUAUCCUGAUUGAUCCAUCUGAGCUACUGGGUCGAAGACUGGACUUCCAGCUGGUCCUGGAUCAGUGCUGCGGUCUCCGCUGGAUCAAAGAGGCUCGCAACAGAGGGGUCCAGAUUGGGUGAGUAAAAAAAGGGGAUGAAAGCGGUGCAGAGAGUUUAAAGUUCAUGUGAGAGAAAGCUCAAACUACAUGACAGAUUUCCCGUCUCUCAGGUUCAGGUUGUUCGACAGCAGUCAGCCUCUCUACACCCCGGCGGUGUGGCACAAUGUGAACCCUCUGCUGGAUCACAGAGUUCACUUCACUUCUCUGCACACCUCCCAACGUCUGCUGGACUACCUGCAGAGCAGCGCUGUGGUGCUGGAGCUCUGGGGCCUUCAAGGUGAGGAUGAGGACAGCAAUGAAAGACUUGGCAAAACUCUUUUGUAAUUUUCUCUUAUGCCUGGCUUAAAGCAAAUCACGAAAAAGGAGAAUAAACAGCACAUUGGCCAGAUGAUGGAGACUCCUGUCACAAAAUCUGCUUAUAAUGCAAUGAGUUUGGUAAUGUUAGCCUGGAAGGGAGAAGGUUUACCUGCUUUAUUACCUCACAGACUGGCAGAGAUGAGUCAGAGUGAACCUCCAUUUAAUCAUAAUGAAUCUUUUCAUGCAGAGUUGUAAACAACAAUUACAGUUAUAACAGUGUCUAUGUUAUUAAGGCUCAAAGACGGUAUAAAGCAGCAGUCUGAAAGCAGAUAACCCUCUUUUCAGAGGGUUGUACUGACCUGAAAUCAGCUCUGGAGGGACUGAGGAUGACUGCAGAGGGAAUCAUUAUCAUUGAGGAGGAAGGCACAGCUGACACAGCAGUGAGUCUAACGUUGAGACUGUAUCAGGAAUGAUCCUUUAAUUUCACCUCUGGCAUGUUUCUAAAUUUGGGUACAGCCAAAGCUAGUGUUUAUUUGAUUCUCACAGAGAAGCACAUGAGAAACUUCAAACAGCUAUAGGGCACAAAUAUGGCUCCAUCAUUUAUUUAUUGAUGUAGAUACUGUGUGUGUGUGUGAGGCAAAAAUAUCUGCUCAUUUAAAUGUGUUGGUGUGGGUUUGUGCUGCAGCCUUUAGAUUCAGCAGAGCUCAGCUGUUCAGUGAGAGCUCUGCAGCAGGACUUGGAGAAGCUGAGGAGUGCAAACGCUUCACUGAGAAAAGAAAAUGAAAGUCUGAGAGAACAGCUCAACACCGCCAGGAACGGUAACAGAGAAAUUGGCAAUAUAGUGACAGUUCAACACAAAUUACACAUGCAGUUAACAUUCACAGAAGCACAGCUGGUUACAGUGAUUACAAUGGUGAUUACAAUUCAUAUGUGUGUGUCUGUCUUCACAAACCUUUUUCCCUUUGUGUGUGUGUGUAAGGUGGAGAGAGUGUGCGUGGUCGCUCGGUGCGCCCCAGCUGUGAUGCAGAGUUCGCUCGAGCUCUGAAGGUUUUCUACCACAGUAUGACCUCAGUGAAGGGUCAGCUGCAGCGGCUGCGCAGACACAGACCCAGUGUAUGUAUUCACAUCCAGCUGCAACAUCAGUAUUUGUGAUCAUUACUACAACACAGCUUUAUAUUCUUAAAGUCCCACUCCGAUCAUUUUUUUUUACUACUUAUCAGUGGUCUUUACAUUGUGAUUAUGUAGUUUUUAGCCAAAAUUGUCAUUUCCCAGGACUUUUAUUCUCCAGAGCUCCAGUAGAUUAUUAGCAAUUUGCCUCUAAAUUGUGGGUGGAGACAACGCUGCCCUGCACACUCGUCCUCACACUAGCUUCCAGGCAGGUAACAUAGGAGCUCUUCAGCUUUCGGACACUAAUGUCUUCAGGGACACAAUAAAAGAUGAUAUCAUAAUUAGCUUUCUUACGAGCAUUGCAAUCAUUACUGCACACGCUUGUUCUGCAAUCGUCCUCUCUAUUGCUCUGAGUCUGGCCUGCAUAGUGGGUCUCUGGGAGCGGAGCUUGGAUUUGCUACGUAGGAAAUCUCACUGUUUCUGAACCUGCUGUUUUGGUCUGCCAGAGAUUUAUAGCGAUUUGAAUGAAGAAAUACUCAGAAAUGCAAUUUCGCAUUUAGUUUUCUCAUGAUAUAUCCUGUAGCAUUGGAAAAAUGCCAUAUGAACAUAUAAACAACAAGAAAAACAUGAUUUUCAUCAGAGUGGUAUAGACUUUGUCAACUGUGGCGGCACUAAGUGCUCACACACACAGGAAUGUAUGGCAUUAAUUUACCUUGUCUGUCUUAUCACAUCUACUCAACUAACGGAUGUCCUAGUAUAAUACAGGUGUUAUAUUUCUGUGUAUACGUCUCAAUUAUAAGAAGGCAGCAUGUAAAUCCCCUGAGCUUUAAUCUUCACAGACUUCACAGCUGAAGGAAGUGAAGAGUGAACAAUAAAAAAAAAAUAAAUGCCACACUGAAAUGUAAAGAAAGCCACAGGCAGCCUGACAACACGGCAGAAUCAGUUGAUUUUGUAACUAGUCCCACCUCAGUCAAGGCAAACAGCCAACCACAAUGUUGGUUUUGAGGUGGCAAAGCAGUUUUCCGUGGAGGCCCAUGCCACCCCUGGCUGUAAGCUGGAAACAUCAAUAUCAGACCAAACAUGUCCUGAAAUAUGUCAGAGUGUGAUUAAUGUAGAAUAUUUAUAAUUUUUACUUUUUAAAUUAGAUUUUCAGAUCUGCACCUAUUUAAUUUUUUUAUUUUACUCCCCUGACCAAAUUACAACUUCUAUUUUGACGUCUUAUUUUUUGCAGCAGGCCCACUUUAACACAGAAUUUAUCUGUUUGUGAAAUACUUCUCAGUCUCCUGUGUCAAUCAGCAUUUUUUACGUGCUCAGUGGGCCUCAGCAUUGAUUACAGUCAGAGGGCUCUGGCAUUCCCAAGAUGCACAUAGAUGUUGCAGAGAAUAGGAUUACAUGUACACAUGGUCAGCUGUUCGUCUGUUUCACAUUCACGCUUUGUAAUUACGCGUGUGCCUCUGUUGCGUCCAGGAGGAGUCAGACCUGCUGGGGCUCAGGCUGUUUGUGGAUGAGCACGGUCGCCUGCUGAGGGAUUUCUCAGAGCAGCUGGAGCAGAGCGUCUCUGCUCUCAAACAGGAUGUUGCCGCCAUUGUCCGCCGGAAACGAGAACGAUCAGGGAUCUGGUCUUGACUCAGCAACCAGUGAUCAAUAUUUCAGUAUUUGGAGGGAGAAGUCUUUUCUGAUUUUUUUAAAUCAUUAUUUUGUACCUAUGAACCGUCAUUUGUUGUUGUAAGAUAUUCAAGUGUCUUAACCCAAUCACCGCCACCAGUCGGUAACCAUGUCAGAUAUGUAAUAAUAACAAAGGCAGGACAUGAUUUAAGAUGUAACAGACAAGUAUAAGCUCUGAAGUUCAUAAAAAGUUUAUUAGACUGCAUGUCAAAGAAAUUUUUAGUCCCAACAGCAAAUAAAUUAAAAGGCAUACAAUAAAACUCAAGUUUCAGAAAUCACAAUAUUACGCUCUUGAACCAUCAUCGAUAAUGUGUCAGAUUUUCACUCUGAAGCUGCACCACUUUAUGAGACAACACAAAUGAGAUAUUUAACAGGCAAUAGAGACAGGUGCCCUCUUUCAGUGUGUCAAGUACAAAGUUUAACUCUCAUCGUGAUGUCCAGCUCAGAGGAGAAAGCGAGACAGCUCUUGUUUGUAAGCAGUCAGGGUUUCGUCAGUACAGACAGUUGCUGUAGGUCCAAAAACAGAUCAGCGUGGGCACAUUUACAGGAGGAGAGGCAGAAGGCAGACGAGAGGCAGAUUAGUCAUCAGAGAGGACAGAGAAUCUAUGUACAGCAGAUAUGCAGGGCAGCAGUGAGUAACUCAGAUCAGGUGUAGACAAACAAAAUCAGACAGACAGGAGGAGAGAGAGGCAGCGUUAAAAGGUCUGGGAGUUAGCUGGGUCCAUGUGAACUAAAGAGGUAGACCAGGUAAACACAAGCCAACUGUGGAGAGGAGGGAAAGCAAGCUACAGAAAACCUACUCAUGUUUGCACUUUAUCAGUUAUCAAGUUCAGUUUCCUCAGAACUGACCUCAACCAUAUAUCUCAUACUGAACACUAAGAAUCACUAUGUAUAUGUGGAUGUGUGCGCACAUGUACACAGAAGGCCCAGGGUAUAAGGGUGAGGUAGGCUAAUUUGGGUCUUCAGGGACUGGAAAACCAACACGAAGUAUAGAAAAACAUCUUUAAAAUACACACUCCCUCUAACAUUUACAUCAGUGGAAAAUCAGAGAAAUUGUAGCAAAGCACAAUAAGCAAACAUUUCUGUUUCUACUGUUUCUGCACCAGUUUAAGUAAAUCUGAGCUUCAUGUGUUCACAACAACAAUGACAGACAUGUCAGCACAAAAGAUCAGCAGUUCAU